AUGAACGGUAGUGGAAAUGCUAACAAUAACAAUGCGUCGACAAGUUUUGGUUUUGGUUCGGGUAACAACAACAACAACAGCAACAACAACCUUAACAAGCCUCUGGGGUUUGGUUUUGGCAAUAACAAUAAUAAUACAUCGUCUAACAACAACACAACGCCCGGCUUUGGAGGUAAUAAGACCAGCAAUACGAGAAGCUUUAGUCUAGGAGGAGGAGGGUUUUCCUUCGGUAGUCAGCCAAAUACGACACCCGGUGUCACUUCUAAUAUGGGAAAUACUGGAGCGGGAAAUGGUCUCUUUUCCAAGCCGUCAGGAUUUGGUAUUGGUACCAAUAGCAACACUUUUGGUAACAACACUUCUGGUACCUCAGGUACCUCAGGUACCUCUGGUGGUUUAUUCUCGAAUCAGCAGAAGCCUAUGGUCAAUACACAGCCUACGUUCUCAUGGUCUCAGCAGCAGAAUAAUCAGCAGGUUCAACCACAACAGCAACUACAGACUCAAUUCCAGGUUGGUAAACAAGGACAGCAGCAGAAGACAGGAUAUACGCCAACGAUUAGUGAUCAGUUGGAUAAAAUCAAAAAUUCUUGGGAUGCCAACUCCACACAGUGCAUAAUGAAGACUCAUUUCUACAACAAAGUUCCUCAGGAGUUUAACAAUUAUCAACGGCCAGUAGAUGAGUCACCUGAGGAAUGGGAAAGAGCUAUGAAGGAAAGACCCAAGGAAUACAAUUCGAUACCAAUCAAAGCCAAAGGCUUUGAGGAUUUGCUUAAACGCUCGAACCUUCAAAUAGAGUACAUCAAGCAAUCGCGUGUGAUUCUGAAUCAGAUCAACGAUAAUUUGGUGAAACUAGGUGACAAGCAUGAUUUGGAAUAUACAAGUAUUUUACUAAAGUGUAAGAUGAAGCAAAAGCAAUUGGAUAUUAAGUUGCUUAAGAUAGCGAUCAAUCUAUCUAUUCUCAGGUACAAAGGAUAUCCGCUUACAAACGAUGAGGAGAGACUGGUACUGAAGUUUAAAAAGCUGUUGGAUAAGAUUGAUGAUCCUAUUGGUUUGAAUAGAGCCAACGAAUUGUGGGCAAGGCUCAGUAACUUGAAGCAAAGAUUGGGUACUUUGAACGAAGGAACAAAACAACAGAUUGUUGAGGUUGAGGUUGAUUCCAGAGUCACGAGUAAAAACGAAGCCGUGAUUGCCAAGUUGGUGAAGGUUCUUUCGAAAGAGCAACAGGGCAUUCAAUACCUAUAUGAAAUGAUAGAGGGAGAUAAAGAGAUGCUCGAGAAGGUGAAGAAGGCCAAGGAAUGA